UUAUCGCUUCUCUUCCCUAUACACAUAAACUUGGCAUUUCUUGUCCUCGACUCCUAGAUCCAUCAAAUCGAUCCAACCUUUCAUAGAAUUGUUAUCAUCGGAACAGAGAGCAGCGUGAGAAACUAAGGGCGAGCUCAGCGCAGCAUAUCAAUGCUUCGAGUCAGCUUGCAUCGCCUCUCGCCAUCCGCCCGCUGCUCAUGUUCUCCGCGGUCUCUGUCUUCACGGAGUCAAACAUUCCCCUCCGCCAAAUUGAGAAGCAGCGUGAGCGCGAUGAGGGAUUUCAGCACCUCCUCCGACCUCACCACCAAGCUCUUGUUUCGUCAGCUCUUCGAGAAGGACUCCUCCACUUACACUUAUCUGCUCGCCGAUGUUGGUCACCCUGAUAGGCCUGCUCUGCUGAUUGACCCAGUAGACAAGACUGUAGACAGGGACAUCUCCCUUGUAAAAGACUUGGGAUUAAGGCUCAUAUACGCCAUAAACACUCAUGUCCAUGCUGACCAUGUAACUGGGACUGGGUUGCUGAAGACAAAGGUUCCUGGUGUAAAGUCUGUUAUCUCAAAAGCAAGCAAUUCCAAAGCUGAUAUGCACGUCGAAGCAGGAGACAAGAUCUACUUUGGAUAUCUUUUCCUGGAGGUUAGAGCUACUCCUGGGCAUACACAGGGCUGUGUUACCUAUGUUACAGGAGAUGGGACUGACCAACCAAACCCAAGGAUGGCAUUCACUGGAGACACUUUGUUGAUACGUGGAUGUGGACGAACUGAUUUUCAGGUGUCAUUUUGGUCCACAUUUGAUUGGUUUCUAUUGAAUCAGAUCUUCACCUUGCCCAAGGACACCUACAUCUAUCCUGCUCAUGAUUACAAGGGAUUCACUGUCAGCACAGUUGGAGAGGAGAUCCAGUGUAAUCCUCGGCUCACCAAAGACAAGGAAACAUUCAAGAGCAUCAUGGAAAAUCUUAAUCUUCCAUACCCUAAGAUGAUCGAUGUGGCUGUUCCUGCAAACCUGGUAUGCGGGUUGCAAGAUGAUUCUUCAGCAGAGCCUGUUGUCGCGACUUCUAAGUAAGCGACACAGUCAGAUGUUGCAGGACUAGGGUUACUGUGUGAGCAAACGGAGCAGGUAAAUGCCUAGAUGUCUUAACGUAAGAGUGGAUAAAUAAUGUUGUGGGAGUUUCUGUACGUUCCAAAACAUUAUAUUUUGUCAUAAUUGGAAAUAUUUAGCCUGGUAGUAGUUUCCCUUUCCAUGGGAAACUGAAACGUUCAAAGCUGCAUCUACCGAGGGCAUUGGUUUGUGAUGAUUCGUCUACUCCAUGGGUC